AUGAAGAAAGCAUACGACAAGGUAGAAUGGGACUUCCUGCAAUCGGUCCUCCUCAAACUGGGGUUCAGUGAAAAAUGGGUGAAUUUGGUUCUCUCUUGCCUUAAGACAGUCUCUUACAGCCUUGUUAUUAAUGGUGCGAUCAAGGGGAAGGUGGUCCCCUUUAGGGGGAUCCGCCAAAGAGAUCCUCUAUCCCCAGCCCUCUUCAUUCUCUGUUCACAGGCUUUAAGUGCAGUUAUAGCCCAUGUUGAGCAACAGGGCCUGAUUAAUGGGAUCAGGGUCAAGAACAGAUCUGAGCCGAUGACACAUCUUCUCUUCACAGAUGAUUGCUGCUUGUUCUUUGAAUUGAAGCUUGAGGAAGUGUGCAGCUUGAAAGAUUGUGUGGACCUUUACUGCAGGGCGAGUGGUCAAGCCAUUAAUUUCAAGAAGUCCUCAGUGUCCUUUAGCCUGAACAUGGCUAUGCGCUUUAGAAGGUGGUUUUCUCUCAUCCUCAAGGUUUCUUACAUAAAAGGGCCAUCGAAGUACCUGGGGUUACCUACUGACUUUGGGGUGUCUGAGGCAGCUCUCUUCCAAGAACUUGCAGAUAAGGUGGGGCAGCGGUUCUCAGGUUGGAAGAAUUGGUUAUUAUCACAUGCAGGGAAGGAGAUCAUGCUCAAGUCCGUUGCCCUCUCAAUGGGAAACUAUGCCAACUCCCACUUUAAGUUACCGGCUUCUCAUCACUCUCAGAUUCGCAAGGAGGCCACGAGUUUCUUUUGGGGGGAUGGUUCUGAUAAGCAGAAGAUUCACUGGAUUGCCUGGCAUAGGUUAUGCAGAUCUAAAGAUAAUAGUGGUCUUGGUUUUCGAGAUCCAGAGCUUCAGAAUAAGGUGCUUCUUUCCAGAAUGGCCUGGAGACUUUGGAAUGAGCUUGACUCAAUGUGGGGGAGGUUUAUGAAGGCGAUUUACUUUCCCAAAGGAGACUUCCUUUCGGUGCGAUUGGGAGCACAUCCGUCAUGGGCUUAG